AUGGAGCCAGUGAUAGAGUCCGUAUUCUCUCUUCUCCAGGAGCCUGGGAAAAGUGAUAUUGCAGGAUAUGCAGGGGACUGCAUUUUGAGUGACAACGAGGAAGAGAGAGGCAUCCCCAAAGACCUUAAGGAAGAUGUACUGCCGCAGCUACCUGAAGCCCACAGCGGAGACUGGGGGGCAGCCAAUCUGCAAAGGCAGGAGAGGGCAGCCUGUAAUAAACGCCCCCACCAAAAAAGAGGCUCCAAGAAACUUGCCCUCAUUGCUGAUGGCCAGAAACUGCACACAGAAGAGAAACCCUACAAGUGUGCAGAAUGCGGGAAGGGCUUUAAGGGGAGCACCACGCUCCUGAACCACCUGCAAACCCACACGACAGAAAAAACGUUUGAGUGUGUAGAAUGUGGGAAGAGCUUUAGCAGGAAGGCCAACCUGGUGGUGCACCAGAGAAUCCAUACAGGGGAGAGGCCUUACAAGUGCAAGGAAUGUGAGAAAACCUUUAGCCGUACCUCAAACCUUAUCGCUCACCGCAAAACCCAUGCGAAAAAGAAAGCCUUUUCCUGCACCACGUGCCGGAAAAGCUUCAGUGGAAGCACAGCUCUCUUCCAGCAUCAGAGAGUCCACAUGGAUGAGAAGCCCUAUAGGUGUACCGAGUGUGGAAAUAGCUUCCGUCUAUGCUCAAAUUUCAUCAAACAUCAACGGAUUCAUUUGAGAGAGAGACCCAGUGAACACACAGCAGAUGCAAACCAUUCUGAAUUUACAUCUCUGCAUCAUAAAGAGCAGCAAAGGUGUGGUGCAGAUAAACGUGAGACGGAUCACUUGAAUCUUGUUCUUGAAGAGU